GCCGUUGUACCUUGGAAAACUCCCUCUCUCUCUCUCUCUCUCUCUCUCUCUUCUCUCUGCGUCCAAACCCAGAGGACGAAGAAAACGUUCCACUUUUUGCUGUCAGCUUCGGGAUCAUAUAUCAUCAGCUAAGAAAACCCAUUUUGAGCUUUGAAUAUCCCUUUCCCAGAUCAGAUUUUGGUACUUGAGCGUCGAGAAAAUGAAGGGAAUUAUGAAGGGAAAGUUAUUGAAGAAGCUCAAAUCGAUUAGACCCAUUGGGUAUCUGAAACCAGAUCGAAUUCUUCAAGCAUAUGCAGUGUCAGAUGGGUAUGUUGAGUCUCAUUCGGAGAAUCAAAGCCCCAAGGCUCAGACCGAGUUGAUUUGCAAAGAAAUGGGGCCAAAGAAGGUCGUACAGAGCGGUGUGGUAGUGGAAGAGCCAGAGGUUGUCGAUGUGGCGGAGCUUAUGAGAGGUCUUGAAGACGAAGAUACAGAUUUCGAUGAAGAUAUUGAAAACAAAGAGAACAUCGGGCCACCGAAAUCGGAGAAUUCGUUGAGAUCGGAGCCCGAAUUUCGGCAGAACAGAGCAUCGGAAGCAUCGGAAUCUAGGCCUGGUGAUUGUAGACAAAACCCAUUGUCGGAGAUUGACAUCUCGUCUUUCCGGCGGCCGGAAUUGAACUCCGGAAGCCUCUUCGACCCGAACCUACUCGCCGCCUUUGAGCAAGCGGUGAAAGAGCAUGUGCGAAUCAGUGAAGCAGAGAGAAGAGCCAGAACAGAGCAAGAGAGCCUUGCACAACAGAACGAGGAAGAAGAGCCGCCAUCGAAAGCACGUCGUGUUGACGAUGAGGACGACCUCAACGAAGACCCUCUCUUCGGCUUCGAAGAGAAGUGCCCGCCGGGAGGCGCUGAUUCUGUAAUUCUCUACACGACGACGCUGCGAGGGAUAAGGAAGACUUUCGAGCAGUGUAAUAGCAUUCGAUUUCUUUUGGAGAGCUUCCGGGUUCUGUUUUUCGAGAGAGACGUGUCGAUGCACAUGGAGUUCAAGGACGAGAUGUGGAGGGUUUUAGAUGGAAAAGUAAAACCACUUCCGCCGAGGCUCUUCAUAAAGGGGAGAUACAUCGGCGGAGCAGAGGAGGUUUUGGUGCUCCACGAGCAAGGGAAGCUCCGGCCGCUCUUUCAUGGGGUUCCGACGGAUCUGUCCAACGGCGCCUGCGAAGGGUGUGCCGGAGUUAGGUUUGUGCUCUGUUUCAACUGCAAUGGAAGCCACAGAGUGGUUGCCGAUGAUGGAAAGUCAAAUCAGUGCGAGGUGUGCAAUGAAAAUGGGUUAAUUUUAUGCCCCUAUUGCUGCUGAACAUUCAUCAAAAGACUGUUAUUUCUUGUGUAUUUAUAUUACUUCAUUUUGUAAUUUCUUUUUCUUUCAAUUCUUUUGUGAUGCUUGGAGUUUUGGAAUAUAUAUAUAUACAUAUAAACAUUCUUUAACA